AUGCAGGUGCCCAGAGAGAUGGUCAACUGGUGUCUACAGAAGAAAGGAGUACCAGAGUACCUCAUUAACAUCGUAAAGGAUACUUACGAGAGUGUAACCAUAAUGGUAAGAACACCACAGGGAACAUCGGAAGAAUUUAAAGUGAAAGUCGGCCUUCAUCAAGGAUCAAACCUGAGUCCACUCCUGUUCAUAGUUACUGAUGUGGAAGUGGAAGAAGGCACUCGAGAGUCAAGGGCUAAAAGUGAACAUGAAGAAGACUGUCGUCAUGAGAAGCAGCAAAGGACCAAGAAGAAUAAACAUCAAAGAGGAGAGCGGCGCAAAGUUGAUGAGUACAUGUAUCUCAGCAGCACGAUGGUAAGUGAAGGAGGAUAUGAGAGAGCAGUGAAAGACCGUUUGAAGGCAGCAUGGGCCAAGUGGCAAGAGGUUUCUGCCGUGAUGUAG